GUAUAUCAUCAUCAGACGGUCACUUUAAUGAAACGUUGAUCCACUUUCUAGGGCUGACCUCUUUCUUUCUCUCUCUCUCUCUUCUAAAAAAUCCAAAAGUUUAAGACCCCCGCCGUCUCUCUCUCUCUCUCUCUCUCUCCUCUCCGUCAUCGUCUUCUUCGUUUCCUCAGUGACGCGAAUCAUCUAUUCAUCUGCAAGUGUUGUGGCAGUGGCCAGGUGGGUUUAGUUAGAUCUGGUCUGGAGGGGAGGGGAUUGAAUGGCUUACAUGUGCACUACUGAUAGUGGCAAUCUCAUGGCUAUCGCUCAACAAGUCAUCAAACAAAAGCAGCAACAAGAGCAGCAACAACAACAGCAACAUCAUCAGGACCAUCAGCUUUUUGGUAUCAACCCUUUGUCUCUUAACCCAUGGCCCAACAACACUUCCCUCGGCUUCGGUUCUGCUUUUCCCGACCCUUUUCAAGUCACCGCCGGCGGAGAUUCCAACGAUCCUGCCUUCCCUUUUCCUUCCUUAGACCACCACCACGCUACUACCGCCGGAAGUGGGUUUAGACUCUCUGAUUUCGGCGGUGGAACCGACGGCGCCGAGUUUGAGUCCGACGAAUGGAUGGAGACUCUUAUUACCGGUGGAGACUCCGUCGCAGCGCCUACUACUACUACAGAUUGCGACACGUGGCAUAAUGAUCCCGAUUACGCAAUCUACGGUCCUGAUCCAUUCGCUACUUACCCGAGUCGACUCAGUUCAGAUCUAAACAACCGAGUCAUCGAGACGUCGAGUCCACUUCCUCCGCCGACCCUGUGGCCUCCUUCUUCACCACCAUUAUCGAUUCCUCCGCUUCCUCCUCAUGAGACAACAACAACAACAACAACAACAACAGCCACAGAAGAUCCAGAGACUAACGACUCCGAAGAAGACGAUGACUUCGACCUAGAACCACCUCUCCUCAAAUCCAUCUACGACUGUGCUCGGAUCUCAGACUCUGACCAAAACGAAGCUUCAAAGGCUCUCGUUCAGAUCCGUGAAUCUGUAUCGGAGCUAGGUGAUCCCACUGAGCGAGUUGGGUUUUACUUCGCCGAAGCUCUCUCCAACAGACUAUCUCCGACGACGUCUUCGUUUACGUCCACGGAGGAUUUCAUCUUAUCUUACAAAACCCUAAACGACGCUUGUCCUUACUCCAAAUUCGCGCAUUUGACGGCGAAUCAAGCGAUCCUAGAAGCGACGGAGGAUUCAAACAAGAUUCACAUCGUCGAUUUUGGGAUCGUUCAAGGUAUCCAAUGGCCUGCUCUUCUCCAAGCUCUAGCUACUCGUUCUUCUGGUAAACCCACUCAAAUCCGGGUCUCCGGUAUACCCGCUCCAUCACUCGGUGAAUCUCCUGAACCGUCGCUUAUCGCCACCGGGAACCGCCUCCGUGAUUUCGCCAAGGUUUUAGAUCUGAAUUUCGAGUUCGUCCCAAUUCUCACUCCCAUACAUUUACUAAACGGGUCAAGUUUCCGGGUCGACCCGGAUGAAGCGCUUGCCGUUAAUUUCAUGCUUCAGCUCUAUAAAUUACUCGAGGAGACGCCGACGAUCGUUGACACCGCGCUGCGGCUCGCCAAAUCGUUGAACCCGAGGGUCGUCACUCUCGGUGAGUACGAGGUGAGCUUAAACCGGGUCGGUUUUGCUAACCGGGUGAAAAACGCGAUUCAAUUUUAUUCAGCGGUUUUCGAGUCCCUCGAACCGAACCUGGGGCGUGAUUCGGAGGAGAGAGUGAGAGUUGAGCGAGUACUGUUCGGACGGAGAAUCUCGGGUUUGAUCGGACCGGAGAAAACCGGAAUUCAUAGAGAAAGAAUGGAGGAGAAAGAGCAAUGGCGGGUAUUAAUGGAGAAUGCCGGUUUUGAAUCGGUUAAGCUGAGUAAUUACGCAGUGAGCCAAGCCAAGAUUCUAUUGUGGAAUUACAACUACAGUAGUUUGUAUUCAAUCGUUGAGUCUAAGCCAGGCUUCGUCUCUUUGGCCUGGAAUGAGUUGCCUCUCCUUACUCUUUCUUCUUGGCGAUAACCGAACCGAACCGAUCCGGAAUUUUUUUUAGUAUUGUUUUGUUUCAGAAUGUUAUUACUUUGUGGUUAGACACCAAAAAUAUUCAAUUGUUAAUAUACGUCAUGGGUUUGCUUUAUAGUGUGUUUUGGUUUUUAGUUUGAUGUUGAAUUGUUUCAGGGGUAGGUUUUGAAUUUCUCUGAAUCCUUAUGUGUGUGUUUAUUUUUUAACAUAUUUGGAUUUGUGAAGUAGGUGGUUGAAAGCUGUUCUUAGUCUUGUUCAUAUCUCUUUAGAUAAGUAAACUGGUUCCGGUCAUCUGUUUGAGAUGUAACUACUACUAUUUCGCAAGAUUAGGAAGGUGAAAGCCAAUAAUGUUUGUUUGUAGUUACUCUUUCA